AUGCAUGAUCUCCCGUUUCCCAUCCCUCAUCCGCGACCUCUCGUUUCCCAUCCCCCAUCCCUGAUUUCCCGUUUCCCAUCCACAUUCCCGAUCUCCCGUUUCUCAUCCCCAUCGCCGAUCUCCCAUUUCUCAUCACGCAUCCCCGGUCUCCCGUUUCCCAUCCCCCAUGCCCGAUCUCCUGUUUCCCAUCCCCCAUCCCCGAUCUCCCGUUUCCCAUCCCCCAUGCCCGAUCUCCCGUUUCCCAUCCCCCAUGCCCGAUCUCCCGUUUCCCAUCCCCCAUGCCCGAUCUCCCGUUUCCCAUCCCCUAUCCGCGAUCUCCCGUUUCCCAUCCCCCAUCCCCGAACUCCCGCUUCCCAUCCCCCAUCCUCGAUCUCCCGUUUCCCACCCCCCAUCCGUGAUGUCCCGUUUCCCAUCCCCUAUCUCCGAUCUCCUGUUUUCCAUCCCCCAUCCCCGAUCUCCCGUUUCCCAUCCCCCAUCCCCGGUCUCCCGCUUCCCAUCUCCCAUCCCUGUUCUCCCGUUUCCCAUCCCCCCUCCCUGAUCUCCCGUUUCCCAUCCCCCAUCCUCGAUCUCCCGUUUCCCAUCCCCCAUCCCCGAUCUCCCGUUUCCCAUCCCCCAUCCCCGAUCUCCUGUUUCCCAUCCACCAUCCCAAUCUCCCAUUUCCCAUCCCGCAUCCCCGAUCUCUCGUUUCCCAUCCCCCAUCCCCCGUCUCCCUUUUCCCAUCCCCCAUCCCCGCUCAAGCGCCCCGGUCAU